GCAGGGGGUUUCCUUGUGGUGCGUGGGCGCGCGCGUGAAUCACUAGUCCCGGCGUUGGUCCGGCUCCGGCUCCGUACGCCGCUCAGUUGGCCGCGGCUGCUCGAGGCGCCCCGAUGCCGCACUCGGCCGCGCCGCCAUGAAGUUCAAAACGCGCGGCUCCGCCAAGACGCUGAGCCUCACGCUCGACACGUCGACGUGGCCGCCCAAGGGCCGCGGCGCAGCUCCGGGUAGCGGCCGCUCCCCGGAGGACGCGGGCAGGCCCAGGACGGCGACGCUGGACAAGCCGCUGGUGCUGGACAUCGCGCUGCUCGGCCACCUGGACAUGACGACGCUCACGCGCCGCGGGCUGCUCAACGCGUGCCGCUUCCGGCGCAAUCGGGGCGGCGUCGUCGGCGUGCUCGCCCCCACCCCCGUCCCCACGACCGCCGCGUCGACGCCGACCCCGCGUGCACCACCGUCCCGCACGCCCUCGCGCUCGGACGUGUCCGGCGACGAGGCUACCCCGGUGGCGGGCCGCCGCCGCGGGGCCACGCCCGCCGGCGCGCUCGUGCGCCAAAAGAAGUCCGUGAUCGAGGAGGACGGCGAGGAGAGCAGCUGGGCGGAGGACGAUCGCUACAGCACGUACCGCGUGCGCAGGAACAACCGUCUGAACCGGACCUUCCGCAUCCCCGCUCUGGGCGCGCUCGCCCGCGGCCGCCGGCAGCCCCUGGACAGCAUCAUGAACAACAACAACGUCCCGGAGGCCGCCGAGGCCAAGGUGCAGCAGUCCAAGGGACGGCGAGGUGGCCCCAGCCUGGACGACAUCCUGGGCGCCCGCGAGCACGUCCCGGAGCCGUGCCGGACCUGUGGCCGCCCGGAGCUUCCCGAGCGGCUGCACAGCCACCCGAAGCUGCCCGGCAAGCCCAGCCAGCACCACGGCUACGGACAGCUGCACCUGGCGCCCCCGCAGCCCGCACCGCAGCCGGCACCACAGCCACCAGCACCCGUCAAGAACUCCGUGAAGAAGCCCGUCGCCAUCAAGUACCGGCCGCGCCGCGGCUCCGAGGGCGCCGCGCCCAACAGCCUCGACCCCUCGAUGGCCAUGCCCCGCUCCCUGAAGCAUCAGGCCGCGUCCCCGGCCAGGAGGGUCUCGCCGGCCAAGGGCGCGUUCCUCGUCACGCACUUCGUGGACCCGGACGGCCCCACCAGCCCCAGCCGCGCAGCGCGCGCCCCGCGCAUCGUGACCUGCUUCGUGUGCGGCAGGGAGUUCGGGACGGCCUCGCUGCCCCUGCACGAGCCGCAGUGCAUCCAGAGAUGGACGCUGCAGAACACCAAGCUGCCGCCGCAGUGGCAGCGCUCCCUGCCGGAGAAGCCCGUGGGCCCCAUCACCAUCGACGACUGGAAUAAGUUCGCCUGGGACUCCUCUAAGGUAGGCCUCGCGGAGGAAACAACCGUCAGGCACCACGUGAAUGUGUCAUCUUUCCCUUCGUCCUGGGGAAUCGUCCACAUAGUAGUACCUCCGUCCGUCACUUCCACUUGCCGUUACGAACCUGCCAGGUUCAGCCAAGGCAAGCUCUCAUACAGGCCCGCCCCCGCCGCGCCUAGGCCGCCGGCCGCGAGCCCCAGCCCCGUCGGCGCCCGGCCUCAGCCCGCCCCCGCCACCAACGGCCGCGGACGGCCCUUGCGCUGCUACCUCUGCGGCCAGCCGUACGGGCUGCAGUCCCUGGCCAUACACGAGCCUCAGUGUCUCCAGAAGUGGCGCCUGGAGAACUCCAAGCUGCCCCUAAACCUCCAGCGGCCAGAGCCCCAGAAACCAGAGAUCAUCUUCACAGAGGACGGCGACGUGGACUGCUGGGCGACCUUCGACCGCAUUUGGGCCAAUCACACCGAGUCCCUCAUUCCCUGCAGGACCUGCGGCCGACGGUUCUUCCCCGACCGGAUCCUGACCCAUGAGCGCGCGUGCGCAGGGGCAGGGGCAGGCGGCAGCCGCCCGCACCACCAGGCUCGACAUACCGGCAAAGUGGACAUGGACGCGACGGCAGAGGCCGCGUGGCAGGCCCAUCUCUCGCAGCUCAUACCCUGCAGUCACUGCAACCGCAAGUUCAGCCCCGAUAGAAUCGAGGUGCACGAGCGGUGCUGCAAGGGCGACAGGUAGCAUGACUUUGUAAAAACUUUUGACAAUAAAAUAACCUCCACCACA